AUGGGUGCGGGCUACGGCUACGGUCUGGCCUCCAACAAGUGGACGAGUGCUUUGGUUCAAAGUUGGGAAGCAUCCAUUUGUUUCACCAUGGCGAUGCCAGCAAAAGUCACCAAGCGUGGCGCUUCGCCAAGCUCAGAGGACCCACCGGCGAAGAAAGCCAAGGAGCUUGACCACGCUGAAAGAUUACGAGACCUGACAACGCAGGGGUGGGAAACCGCUCAGACUUGGCGGGACACCGCUCAGCAGCUGCUUGCGAUGGCCGUGGCUGACUUGCAGACCGCCAAAGACAAGAAAGAUCAGGAGAAGGUCGAGGCGGCCGAGAAGAAGGUCGAGGCGGCCCAGAAGAAGGUCGAGGCGGCCAAGAGGGAGGUCGAGGCGGCCGAGGAGAAGGUCGAGGCGGCCAAGAGGGAGGUCGAGGCGGCCAAGAAGGAGGUCAACGCGGGUCCAGCCCAGGACUGGUGUCAGAAACUGCUCGACCAAAAGUUGGAGUUUGGAGCUGGCGACGCACUGCUGAACACCAUCGGUGCGAAGUGGGACUACUGUGGCAGAGAAGACCUUGUCAAUGACUUGCAAGCGCCUUUCGCGCGUCUUUGUGAGCACAAAAGUGUGGAUGCAGACAAGCAGAACCACCCGCUGCUAAUAGCAUUUGCCGGCCCAGGACAGGGCAAAUCCCGCCUCCUCUCAGAGCUCCCCGCCAUGAUCGAGGAGUGUCGCAAGAAGCUCAACACCGAACAGGUGCGGAAGUACAAGAAGACCCUGGCCUUCCUGAUCACCUGUGAGAAUGACACCCCACCUGGAGACUGGGCAACAGUGGAGCUGAAUGCCUCACGCUUCAUCGCCUGCCGCAUGCUGUGGCAGCUGUGGGCGGCCAACCGAGUGUUGCGAGCCGUGCUACGGGGCGCAGAGGAGACCACUAUCGUGGUUCUGGGAGUGGACGGCAUGCAAGGCCUCGAAGGCUUCGAACAGCGAGGGGAGGCAGGCAAACCGUUCUAUGAGGUCAUGCGGGAAGUUUGCCGGCUUGUCAACCAAAAGGAAUCUGCGCUGGUGGUAGGAUGCGUUACUGCCACUCAAAGUCUGGAUCACGGCCUGGCAUUCUCAGCCCAGGUGCGCCACCGCCUAACCCUCCCUCGUGUGAGCCGGGUGGAGGAACACGGCGAGGACAUGGUUCCGCAUCAUCGCCUCAAGAAUUUGCUGGUGCAAGACAUGGGAGGCCACGGCCGAGCUUUAGAGGCUCUUGUGCAGGCGCUGCGGGAACUUAAAGAUGAAAGCGAUGCGGCUGCUGUGAUUGAGGCAGUCAGGCUUCAACUGUCAUUGAAGUACCCCCGCGCUGGCAUCCUUGGCAGGUCGGACUCGAAAACCUUCGACGAUGACUCUAUCAAAGCAGUUCUUCGCACGGCACUGUCAGGCAAAUGGGUUCGCAGAGGUGACAAGCUUGUGAACAUCGAUGCUCAGAAGGCAGACUUGAUUCGUUUGCAGUACAAUGAUUUCUUCACUCACUGCCGCAUUGAAGUUCCGUACAUAUGGCUGCACAUGAUGCUCAACACUGUGGCAGCAAAUUCUAAAGAUCUGGCCCCAUGGCGCCUGAUGGACUACAGCCAGUUUCUGAGUGAUCCACCGCAAGAUGGCACAGAAUGGGAGGAGUUCAACGCAGCCUUCAGAGUGUUGCGGUCUUGGGCUUUCGAAGAACAGGAAGCAGUGCCAGUACGCUCUUUGCACAGCGGUGCAAUCAUACAGCCAGGUACCUUAGCGGAGAAGAUGGUCAUCAAUCGCCAUCUGAAGCGCUUCAAGGCAAGGAUUCGCAUAGCAACGGCCUCAAAUGUCUGCGGCAACCCAAAGCCCCUCAGAGACUCAGCAGCGACAAUGCCCGCAAGCCAUCUCGAAAAGCAUGAGUGCGAAGUCGAUGGCGAGGAGACCACGGUCAGUUUGACGCGGAGUGAUGUUCUUGUUGUGAAUGUGAAGGGUGCACCUGCUGCAGAUGCGGUCCUUCGCUUGCAGACCAAGGCUGGCGAUCUGAUCGCAGAGUGCUUGCAGAUGAAGCAUGGGCAGUCAGCUUGUGACCUAGAAGCUGAGCGUGCGAAAGCCUGUGGUAAAGAUGACAUCUUCGUGGUGCUGCGAAACAUCAAACCUGACACUCCAGCUGGCCAGAACUUGAUACUUGUGUCCGAGGGUCAGUUCGCAGAAUACUACGGAAUGUACAGCGGCAGGGCAUUCAGCAGUGUCGUUCCACGGUGCUUGGACCUCGCUGCAGGCAUUCUUUAUUGCAGCAGUCGUUUGAUUUCACAGACUCCUCGUGUGGGUAGUUUGGGGCUAGCUAUGCCAUGUUUGUCUUGGGAGGUGGUUCCCACACGCUUCGACCUUCAGGCAUCGAAGGUCGUGCUUGGGAUUGGUCACAGCAAGCACCGCGGGCUGUGA